ACUCCGCUCGCCCUCCGCGGCUCGCCGCUUCCCAACCGCCCGCGUCCGUCCGCGGCCAGGCAGCGGCGGCGAUGGCGAGCCGCGGAGCCAGGGUGGUGACGAGCGCAGCGGCUCCGUCAUUGGGCGAGGAGGCCUGAGGGACGGGCUGGCUGGGUGCAUAAGGACACCAGAACCCGCGGCCCCGGCAGAGCGAGGGUGAUGGAGUCCAACGUGCCGAAGCGGAAGGAGCCCGCCAAGUCCCUCCGCAUCAAAGUCAUCUCCAUGGGCAACGCCGAAGUGGGCAAAAGCUGCAUUAUAAAGCGCUACUGUGAGAAGAGAUUUGUGUCUAAAUACCUGGCAACCAUCGGGAUUGACUAUGGAGUCACCAAGGUCCAAGUCAGAGACAGAGAAAUCAAAGUUAACAUCUUCGACAUGGCUGGACAUCCCUUCUUCUUUGAGGUCCGAAAUGAGUUUUACAAGGACACACAAGGUGUGAUACUGGUCUACGACGUUGGGCAGAAAGACUCAUUUGAUGCUCUUGACUCAUGGCUGGCAGAAAUGAAGCAGGAGCUGGGGCCUCACGGGAACAUGGACAGUGUUGUCUUUGUUGUUUGUGCCAACAAGAUCGACUGCUCCAAACACCGCUGCAUUGACGAAAGUGAGGGGCGUCUCUGGGCGGAAAGCAAAGGGUUCCUGUACUUUGAAACAUCAGCACAGACUGGAGAGGGAAUCAACGAGAUGUUCCAGACCUUUUACAUGUCCAUAGUUGACUUGUGUGAAAAUGGUGGGAAGCGUCCUGCCACAAAUAGCAGUGCUAGUUUCACCAAAGAACAAGCAGACACCAUUCGCCGAAUCCGAAGUAGUAAGGACAGCUGGGAGAUGCUGGGAGUCAGACCCGGGGCCUCAAGGGAGGAAGUUAAUAAGGCCUACCGGAAGCUGGCCGUGCUGCUUCACCCAGACAAGUGCGUAGCACCUGGCAGUGAAGAUGCCUUCAAAGCAGUUGUGAAUGCCCGGACAGCCCUUCUGAAAAACAUCAAGUAGAGGCAGAGGAAACUACAAGCGAGCUCAAGUGCAAACAGACUCCCCUUGAGGUGAAAUGGAGUUUCCUUCACAAAUGCUGACUGUUCUGUUCUCUCGUGUGUAAGUUAAUAGGGUGCCUGUUACCGUGUUAUGGCCAUUUCUCGGUGAGAUGACCACUUUUGUGUGAGAGGUAGCCCUGCAUCUCUUAUGCACUUCAUUUCUUAUUGCCAGAUAACUGGGUGUUUGUCAUUAUGCCAUCUCUAUGCAUUCACCAUGACUGUGGCUCACCUGAGCUUCCUCCCAGCCCACGGCCGUCAGAGAAGGGGGUGACAACAGAGCAGUGGGCACCCAGCCCCUGGGAGCCUUGCCUCCCGCUGAGCAGCUUUUUGCUUAGUAUUUUAAUCAUCGGCCUAUAUAGUUAGUAGCCAGUCAUGGUGGCAUGUGCCUGUAAUCCCAGCACUCAAGAGGGUGAGGCAGGAGGAUUGUGAGUUUGAGGCCAGUCUGAAUUGGAUUACUUGGCAAGACUUUCAAAGAAAAACAGGCACCCUGUAGAAGGAUGUGCUGUGAGCUGACCCUGUUUCUUGUCUACCUGCCCUUUUAGGACACGGACUCUGCUCUUUCUCCAGCCACCAGGGGGAGAUAAGCCAGUGCUAAGAAAGAGGCAGUGCCAGCCACAGGAGCGGGAGGACCUGAAGCUCAUCCUGGGUCCCAGGUCUUUGAUCUACCCUAGAAAUAGUUGCUAGCAGCAAGCAGCAGGGAAUGCAGUGUCCCCGGGAGUGAGGGGUCAGAACCUAGAACAGAGGCUCUUAGAGGGCGCACUGUAGGUUACUCGGGAGUGUGCGCUCAACUCAGUCAUGCCAUACAGAUGGAAAGGCCAACCUCGCCUUUCCUGAGCACUAGAAGGAGCCCUGCAUAAGACUUGUCCCAGUCCUCAGUCCUCACCACAGGUGGUGGGAGAGGCCAGCCUGUCCUCCUCUUCCUUCUGCACUCUUCUUCUGCACUCGAGUUAAUCUGCUUCUUCUCUCGCCCCACCCUGCUGUUCCCUCCCACAGCUGCCAUUGCCUUUCUUUUUGAAUCCCUGGCAUUGCCCUGGGCUUGGCUGACUUGAAGUAAGCAGGAUCCAUUUGGGGCACAGUGGGACAUCUUGGGCCUGUGUGGGGCAGAAUCCCUACAGUUUCUGCUUGGACUCCACAUUUCUGAAUAGUGUUUUUAAACUACAAGUAUGGAAGCUCAUGUUGCAUAGACAAGCCUUCCUUGUGCUGCCUUGUCCCUGUCUGGCCCAGAGGGCUGGACGGAGCCGACGGAGCUGGUGGAGGAGCUGGGCUCACGACAGCCCUAGGGAAGCAGGCUCGCUGCUCCACUCCCGUCGUCCCUCUGAACUGUGCUUCUCUUAUUUUGAGCUGCACCUGUGCUACCUGGGACUUGAAGGAUGGCUUUUCAAAACCUAUUCCAUAAUGGUUGCCAGACAGCAUCCCUCCUACGUAAGAAGACAAGCUCUUGUCUUCCUGUCUAAAUCCGUGCAGUCUUCUGGGUUUUUCCCCUUUCUCCAGAGUAGCCUCACUUUGCAUGCCUGUUCUCUGCUUCUCUGAGCUUUAAAAUGUUGUUCUUAAUGAACUCAGAUCUGUAUAAAAAAAGAUAACGAGAUCUGGUAUAUGGCUUUAUGGCUUUUUCUGGACCUUGAAUUAGUUUCUGAGAUGAUUGAACGCCACCUCGGAGUUCUGCCUGAGGCUCCCCUCAUACCUAAGGUAUCUGAUUGUCCAACUGCUCUUGGAACAGAAAGUGGGAGUGGUGAGGAGGAUGUGGCGCUGUCAGCCCGAGUGUGGGGCCCAGGAGAGUGUGGGGCCCAGGUGGGGCCCAGGCUUCGUGCAGUGAGCAGCUACAGCAGGGCACUUUACUGUGACUUGUUGAAGGGUAGUCUGAACUUGAGUCUUAGAUCUUGAGACUCUGUUUCUGACAUCUUAGUUACUGACAUUUAGGGUGGCUGCAUAGUAUCUUAUUUAUGUAAUGGUAAUGAAAUGAAAAAGUGAAGCCUCGGGGUCCCAGAAUUUUUCUGAUUUCCACAAUCCAUCACAGAGCACUAAGAAACUACAAGGCAUGCCUCAGAAUGAAGAGUAUUUUGAAUCCUGGCUUUGUCGUCUGUACCGACCUCUGCAUUCAUUUAAAUUCUUGGUGCAGGUGUGUGCUUUGUCCUUUGACAUUUUGAAAACUAUUUGCACAGUUAAGGUCUUAGAACAUCAGCAGGAGUCGCAACUCAGUCAUUUCAGUGGCUGAAAUUUUUUAUAAAGAACCUUGCUUCUCCCUCCAUCCCCCCCCCCCCCCCCCCCGAUAAAAUAUUUAAACAAUUGUUUUUUUAAAAAGCUGUGUCUUUCUCCAUCUGAGUCUCCAACCAGUGUCACCUCUUCUCCUUGUUGGGAAUCCCUGGAGGCAUUUCAGAGUCAGUCUUCCAGCCUUGGCAAGCACUUUAGAGCACCCUCCCCUGGUGUCUGUGUCCUCCUCCUGUGCCUCCUUGGGACCUGCUAGUCUUCACUCUCAGAAUCUUACUUAAGCACUGCCACUUUAUUUUUCCAUUUAAAUGUGUCUGUGGCUUUACCAGCCUGUUGUUAACUUACGAGUCCAGAUGUUGAAGAUAAGAUUGCUGUCCUUCUAUACACUGUACACCAUUCUUUAAGGCUUGUAUUUACCUCAGGAAAUGUAUUCUAGUAUCUUCUCACCGAUUGAAAUCUCAAGUGAUAAAUACUUCUUUGUACCUGCAAAAUGGUACCUAAUUCUGUCUUAGUUCAGCGAGCCAUAGGUCAGGCAGCUAGAUGGUCAGCGAGCCAUAGGUCGGGUAGCUAAAUGGCCGAAAGCUCGUCAGAGUAGAACAAGGAGCUCCUGCCAGACUGAGUCAGGGACAAGUGGCAGGAGGACAGAGAGAUUGCCAUCCGAAGCUAGGAAGCUAGGAGCUAUCGUAUUGCUUCUAGCGAUGACGGUGCUCCCUUCCAGGGCAGCUCAGUAGGUUCUGGAAAGAUCCUUCUCUCACCCUGCCACCAUGGACUAAGUCCCCAGCGUUUUUUAUAAAACUUCCGAAGAUGAAUUUAGUUGCAAAAUCAAGCUAAGCAAUUUCCACUGCAGGCUUUGCAAGCAAAGAACUAUUCAUCCUUCUCAUCCUGGUGCUGAGCACGAUUUUAGAUAUGGUAGUGCCCCUUGGACAUUGAUUGCUCCACAAACUGUCCCUGGGGAGGAUGAAUGUGUUUACUUGUGGUACGGGCACGCAGUGGGUCUGUGUCUUAACACAGUGCGGUGCUGGGCAGUCUGGUAAAGGCCCUUGGUGAAAGGCUGUUACUGAAGAGGUGGACAGUUUGGGUUAGGGCCUGCGCUGAUUUCUCCCUGCACAUUCUUUUCCUUGACUGUGAAUGCUCUUACAGGUAAUUUACAUAUUUGCUUUCUGUUGAAAUAACUGAAAGUGUUAAAUCUAUCAGUCGUUUAUGUCUUGUAUACAGAGUGUCAUAUGUAUUUAAGUUGUGUAUUUUUAUAGAGUAAAGUCAAAUAGCAAA